GACGCAGCAGUAUACAAGCUAUGCCAUCUCACAACAUUUCCUCCAUAGUUUUCGCUGCUGUGAAGUAGCUGUAACAAAACAACGAGAAGUUGGGAGCGUACACACUGUUUCCAUGGCCGUGGGCUGAUGUGCGAAGCGAUGCGGCACCACUGGCUGCUCCUCGGGGCUUGCGGCUGGGUGCUGCUCAUCCUUAUGUUUGUCAGCAAGUUCAUCAACUUCAGAGCAAUAGAUGACUACGGAGAGAGGGCUGCUGGUCAGAGUUGGACAGUGUCAGGAACCAAAGUGGUGAAGCUUAUUCCAGUGUCCAGCCCAGAAAAAACAGCUCCAAAGCCAUCAGACCAGCCUUCAGUUCCACCUACAGGGGUAGACUGGCAGUCAGUUGCUGACAAGCGAAUUGAGCUGCUCUCAACUGUAUGUAAGAACAGCAGCCUCAGGAAUUUGACUCACGUCUCCAUCAGCAAGUUCGUCCUAGACCGCAUCUUUGUCUGUGACAAACACAAGAUCUUGUUCUGUCAGACGCCUAAAGUGGGGAACACGCAGUGGAAGAAGGUCCUCAUUGUGCUUAAUGGAGCAUUCACCACUGUGGAGGACAUCCCAGAAAACCUUGUUCAUGACCAUGAGAAGAAUGGCCUGCCCCGCCUGUCAUCACUCACUCCACAGGAAAUUACUCACAGAUUAAACACUUAUUUUAAGUUUUUCAUCGUGAGAGAUCCCUUUGAGCGGCUGAUUUCUGCAUUCAAGGACAAGUUUGUAAAGAACCCACGCUUUGAACCUUGGUACAAGCAUGACAUUGCUCCAGCCAUCAUCCGUAAAUACCGCAAAAGCCAUCGUGACAGCGACCUCACCGCCUCUGGCCUGCACUUUGACGACUUUGUCCGUUACUUGGGUGACAUGGAAGGCCGCAGGCGCAUGGACCGGCAGUUUGGUGAGCACAUCAUCCACUGGGUGACUUAUGCAGAGUUGUGUGCACCAUGUGAGAUACACUACAGCGUGGUAGGCCACCAUGAGACACUGGAGCAAGACGCCCCGCACAUCCUCAAAGCAGCAGGCAUCGACCAGCUGGUGUCCUACCCUGCCAUUCCUCCGGGCAUCACACGCUACAACAAGACCAAGGUGGAGCACUACUUCUCAGACAUCAGCAAGCGGGACAUCAGGCGUCUGUAUGCACGUUACCAGGGCGACUUCCGCCUGUUUGGUUACCCGAUCCCAGAGUUUCUACUCAACUAAAAUAAUUAACACUAACUAAAAGACAUGUUUUCAUAUCAAAUCCUCUCGACAUCUUGAGACAAAGGUGUACUGUAGCUGACUGUGUGCCACAGAACUGGUUGGUACUCAGUAGAUGACACACUGUAACGUCUUUGUUCUUAUUUUAGCCAUUCGUGCAGGAAUAACUGAAUAACUGGUUGUUGCUACGUUGGCUGUAUUUGCAAUGACUGAAAACGUGCUGCAUAUUUAACAAUUUUUAUGGAGUGGAUUUCUAAUAAUAUUGACAAAAUAUAGUGAUGGGAGAAAGGAAGUGUAGAGAUGUGAACACCGGCAGCUGCAUUUACCUCAACAGCCAACAUUUACCAAUUAACAGAGUCAAACAGUGAGAUUGAGCUGCACAAUUGAUCAAUUUGUUGUUGAAGGUGGAGAAUAGGGUCAAUAAGAUGG